UUCCAAAAACGCCCAAAGCAAUUUGUUAAUCGCCAAGUUAUGCUCCUGUGGGUAAUUUUUUGCUCGUUAUACAACGAUUCAGUUUAAAACGUGCCAAUACCAUGAAGUUGCAAGUUGUUUUACUUCUAUUCUUAUUAACCGAUUUAUGCGGUGGAAUAAUCCCAAAUGGUAAAAACGCUAAAAAUAAAACCGUCAUCCCAGAUUAUUAUUUAAAAGAAGUUAGACCACCCACCUUAAAAGGAAAACCAUUAGAAGUCGAUUUUUGCAUGACCGUAAUCGAUAUUAACUCAAUUAACGUUGAAGAUAUGGAUUUUAGAAUGGACAUGUUUUUACGUCAACAAUGGCAAGAUUCGCGUUUAAGAAUCCCGGAGGAAGUUUUCGAAUACGGCGAUGAAUACGUAACGCUCCCCUCGCAAUUCUUCGAUAAUCUUUGGCAGCCGGAUCUUUACUUUUUAAAUUCGAAGGUGGUCGAAAUCGCCACGUUGAACCAAAAAUUCUCAUCCGUCACUUUAUUUCGAAAUAAAACAGUCCGAUAUUCGGCUAGAAUGCACGCAAUAGUCGCGUGCCAAAUGGAAUUUAAAUUUUAUCCGAUGGACACGCAAGUUUGUCCAUUAAAUAUUGAAAGUUUUGCAUACGAUAACUCGAAAAUGAUUUUAAAUUGGUUAAAUCCUGGAGUGGUAAUCAGCCCGGAAUUAAAGCUGCUGCAAUAUAACGUCGGAAAAGUGAGGUUAGAACAUAAAUACGUUCAAACCGGUGAAAAAAAUGGGAAUUUUUCGCGAUUGGUGGUUUAUUUUCGUUUCGAACGCCAAAUUGGGCACCAUUUAAUCCAAACGUUUGCGCCUUCAACAUUAAUCGUUAUUUUAUCAUGGUUCAGUUUUUGGUUAGGAUUGGAUGCAAUCCCGGCGAGAGUUACGUUAAUGGUUACAUGUCUUUUAACAUUAGUCACGAUGUUUACAGCUUUAAGAUCUGAUAUUCCACCAGUUGCUUAUAUAAAAAGUUUGGAUAUUUGGAUGGCAAUGUGUAUGUUCUUCGUUUUCUCCGCAUUAGGGGAAUUUGUAAUUAUUAAAGUUUUAGAUGAGAAAUAUCGGAUGUUGAAGAAACAAGAAUUUAAGGAACUACAAAUUUCGCAGUGGAAUGAAGGAGUCGAUAAAAAAUAUCUACCAUUAGAAGCAAAGCAUGGAAAAUUCAGGUUAUAUUGGCUCAAUGAUCGUGGUGAAGAGGUUCUAUUAUGGGUUGAAAUCGAUAAAAAGGCAAGAACGGUUUUUCCAACUCUUUAUUUAAUUUUCGUAUCGAUUUAUUUCCCCGUUUUGCUAAUUCACAGUCAACCUCAGACAUAAAUAAAACUUAAGAUGGUAAUCUUUAAAUAAAAACGGCAAAUUAGAA